AUGCUAGCAAACUCCCAUGACCCUCUUCACUCACCUUCUGUACUUGGAAUUCGUGGCAAGAUGGCCCGAAAUAUCUUCAAUCGCAACGCCAAACAUGCACAGGCGCAAGCGGCCCGGUCUGAGGCCCCUGAAUUCGAACCAGUUACGUGGUGGAAGGACCCUGGACUGAGGAAGUUGUACUUCUGGUGUGGUGUCUUGAUGAUGAUGUCUGCAUCGACAGGCUUCGAUGCGAAGCUUAUGAACACUUCACAAGUCAUGGAUCAGUGGCAAAGUUCCUUCAAUCAUCCUGCAGGGGGAAGACUCGGCCUCAUCGUUGCCAUUCUCGAUGUCGGAUCUCUUUCCAGUUUCUGGAUGGUCCCAUAUUUUGCAGACAAGUACGGCCGAAAAAUGCCCAUCAUUAUCGGUUGCGUCAUAGAGACCAUCGGCGCUUUCAUAGGAGCUUUAUCAAACAGCGAAGGAAUGUAUAUGGCCGGACGCUUCAUUCUCGGCUUCGGAAGCUCAUUCAACGGCGCCGGUCUCCUGAUAGCCGAGAUCGCGCACCCUCAGCACCGGGCCAAGAUCUCUGCCAUCGUCAACUGCAUGUACGGAGUCGGAUCGACCAGCUGUUCCUGGCUAGCCCUAGCGACUACCCGGAUCAUGGGCGACUGGUCGUGGAGAUCGCUCACCAUACUUCAGGCGUUCCCCGGCAUCUUGGUUCUCUCGCUCAUCUACUGGAUCCCGGAGUCACCUCGCUGGCUAGUUGCCAAGGAGCGUUACGAGGACGCUGAAAACAUGCUAUCCACGUACCACGGUAAUGGGGAUAAGACAAAUGAGACAGUGGUAUUUGAGUUUCGAGAGAUGAAGCAGACGUUGGCUCUUGAGUUCCAGGAUAAAAAGUCCAGCAGCUACUUCGACUUUUACAGCGGUACAAAUCUCUUCUCCAACUACGCCAACAAAAUUUACGAGGGUGCUGGCAUUCGCGAUCAGACAAACAAGGUUCUGCUCAGUGGCGGCCAGACGCUCUUGUCUCUCGUCGUCUCGGUAUCCUUCUCAUUGUGCAUAGACCGAUUUGGUAGAAGACCACUAUUCCUCACAGCCACCACGGGAAUGGUGCUCAUGUACAUGGGAUGGACCAUCAUUAGCUCCCAGUUCGAGCGUACUCACGACCUUGCCCGAUUUGGGUACCCCCAAAUCGCCUUCAUCUGGCUCUUCAGUCUCUCGUAUCAGAUCGCGUGGACCGGGGUCAUGGCAGCCUACGCGUUGGAGAUCAUGCCAUACAGUCUCAGGGCGAAGGCCGGCGUCAUAUCAACUAUUUUUGUCAAGGGGUUGAUCGUCCUAGGAAGCUAUACCAACCCAAUUGCUUGGGAUAACUUCACAGUAGCCGGUCAUGCAUGGACACUGGCCAUGUUCUACACUAUCCUGAACUUUUGCUAUCUCUUGUUCGUGUAUUUCUUCUACCCAGAAACAAAGAAUCUCACUUUGGAAGAAGUCGCCAAAGUCUUCGACGGCGAUGAGGCAAAGGUUGCAAGGAUGGACAGGGAGGACGUCAAGAAUCAAGAGGAAGAAGAACAGAAGAGGCAGAGUCACGUCGAAGUCAUUGCCCUCUGA